AUGACCCGCCGCGGCGAUUCGCCCUCUGCAAGCGCGAGCAGCGCUGGUGGGAACGGAGAGGGAGGAAGAUGGGAUGCAAGCCGCAUUUUCAGAGAGCGUGAGGAACGACAGGCACCGCAGGCUCGAAACAGACGCACUACACAAGUCGUUGAUCGGCCUCCCCCUACUGAAAGACGGAGACGUGACAUAGACGACAUACUCCAGGCUGCGCAUGAACGUUUCGGCCCGCCUGCCAGGAGGACCGGCCGAACGUACAACGAUGAACACCUCGUCUCUUCUUCAGGUGCUAUAGUUCCAUUCCGGGAGAGGGAAGAACGAGAACGAAGCCCCCCAGUACGCCCGCAGCUGCUCCGUCGCCAAUCAUCACUUGAUACUUUUGACAGGGCGGCUACUCGACGAACUUACGACAAAUACGAUCGCGAAGACUAUGGCCCGCCAGUGACCCCAAUCCCUGCUCCAAGACGGAGGCGCUCACCUUCCAUUCAUGAAAGGAUUGACUUCGAGGAGAUCAGGGUUGCGGAACCGGACUAUUAUGGCGACGAAGAAUUUCGGCGUGUACAGGUGCGGGACAGGAGUAUGACCCCACGACCCCGCGGACGGAGCGUCGCCCAUCGCCAGGGAGUGGAAGUGAGGGAGAUUCGGCCAUCAACAGCCCCACGUCGAGGCAAAACCCGUAUGCCCAAACGCUUAGUGCACCCUCGGGCCAUUAUUGAUCUCGGAUAUGAAUAUGAGGAAGUGGACGAUGCCUACAUCAUUUUCCAGGCAUUGCAAGAGGCCCACAUAGAAGAUUUGGUAACCCGGAGUAGAGAGAUCAGACGAACAGCCACAACAACGGAAAUUACAGAUACACUGACCGUUGGCUUUCCAUCCGAUAGCCUCGCCGUAGAAAGACGGCGGUCAGUCUCCAGGCGGCCUGCAACAAGGGUAAUCGAACUAUCACGAUCGCGCCGGCCAUCGGUCUCACGACCAGAGGCCCCUCCAGUACGCCACCACCGCCGCCGACGAUCCUCACCAAUCCGAAUCAUCGAACCUAGAGAUGUCGUGCUGGAGGACGUCAUUGCACCUCGUGCUGAUGUCGCGCUGAUCGUUCCUGAUCGUCGACGGUUAGGGAGAGAUACUCAAACGAACAUCCGGUUAUCAGAGCGAGAGAGAAGAGCUCUGGAUGUUGAGGAAACUAUCGAGGUGCGACGGGAGCCUAAAGCUCCAAGCCCUCUACUGAUCAGAGCGAUGAUGGCAACAUUGACUUGAAUGGUGGACUGCAAAUCAAUCCCGUAUAUCUUAUUCGAAACUAAUCGCUUUAUUAUCCUGAUAAUGCCGAACCUGGUGGUAAUGCACCUACCAACGGCGCACAGGAGCACGAACUCUGUCUUUCCUUUAUUUCUUCGCCAACAUGCUUUGUAUAUGGUUUUGGUCUCCCGUUCCAUCGAUCUGGUGUAAUGUAAUUCUCAUAUUUUCUCUCAAUGUAACACACUUAAUAGUUUAUAACGAACGGAUUUACCUUACAUUGGCGGCUUUCCUUUUCUUUUCUCCUCCAGGUUUACCCUCUUUCCGUUUUUUCCCCUUUCCCUUUCCUUUCUUUUUUUGGUUUGUCUUUUGUGUAUGUGUUAGGGUUGCAAAUAUAACCACUAUGACCGUUGG